CCUUGUUACACUAAAAUUUCUUACUGUAGUGAUUUAAUAUACAGCCAUAUGGAGUCGAGUUUAAGUUAUGACCCCGCCUCAUUAAAAUGGAAUGAUUACCACACACAAAAUGAAGAAGAAAAGUAUUGCUACUGUGGCAAGCCUCGAACCUUGUUUAAACUAUCCUUAUAUUGUGAAACUUGCAAUAAUUGGUUUCAUAAGGAAUGUCUCUCCAUAGAACUAGCGGAUAUGCUCCCGUUUACUUUAAACUAUAAAUUUUACUGCUUAAACUGCAGUACUCAUAAUUACACAGAGAUCUUGACGCGCACUAAAGCCUCUUGGCGUUGCAUUAUGCUUACCACUUUUCACAAUCUUUUUCUUGAACUGCGUGAACAGUUUCCUGAUACUACUUCAGUGAAAGGCUUUGUAAUAAAGGAUCAAUGCCAUUUUAUUGCAAGAAACUGGGAGCGUCUUUGUCAUGGGCGCGUUCGAAACGACGCCAACUUAAUUGCCUCUAUAUGCACUGCUUUCAGCAUACAUAAUAAACUUUUUCCUUAUAGAUUGUACGAAGGGAAAAAAUUUUAUUACUUUGUUGGUAAUCCCCUUGAUUGGAAGCCUAAUGCGGUUAAUAUAACAGCCGACUAUUUUUCAAAAGCGGAUCUUGUAGAAUUUUUCAACGUUCCUUUUUCAACUGAACUUUCCUGUAGAAACAUAGAAAACUCCUCAUGUCGGCCAGGAAAAACUACCGAAGAACCCGUGCGAGCAAAAAAAGAAAAGACUAUUAUUCGCCACGGAAAGAAGCAGAUUCUUGCCAAUCAAGAAAAAAGCUGCAGAGGAAAAGCAAGCUCCAACGGGUCUCCUCUUCGUGGCCUUUGGGUUAACAAUUCGGUUUCGGUUAAAGAAGAGUUUAAUGAAGAGACAGCAGUGGGCUGUGCUCGCGCUCCUUACGCCUGCAGCACAACAGCAAGGAGGCCGCGCGUCGAUCAGGAGCACGUCUACAACCGCAACGGCUACAGAUACAUCGAUGUGGAACCAGAUCCUUUUGCAAGGGAAGUGGAUUGUUUUCGACGAGCUCAGUAUGACGAACUCAAUGUGCUGCUAUCUAUUAAAGACUGUGCCCCUCAACUGAAAAUUCAGUCUGACUACUUGACCAUAGAAGGUCACAAGGGUUAUUGUUUAGCUCGGGCGACCCAUGCGGUGGGUAAGUGUGUGGUUCCGCUGGAUUGCUUUAACGGUGGUGGUUUUAAAUUAUGGUAUGUGUGCGAAGGUGAGGGAACAUGGUACUAUGAAGUUCUCUUUGAAAAAAGCGAGAGUGGCGCUGGACACGUAAGAAUAGGAUGGGCCCAGGAGUAUGCGAAUGUUCAGGCCCCUGUAGGAUACGAUGAAUUCAGUUACUCUUAUAGGGAUGUGAGCGGUACAAAAUUCCACAAAAGCAUAGGCACCCGUAUGGCAUGGGCUACGCUCCUGGGGACGUUAUUGGCUGUUUAAUUCACAUCCCAACUCGAGCUGUACAGGCGGUAACUGAACAUUGUUACUUUUCUAAAGAGCUCACAAAGACGCUAAGUAAGAAAGACUUAAAAAAAAUAAAAGAAAACUUUUUAAGGACGGAACGAAAUGCACGGAGUGAGUAUCGAGCACCUCCUUCGCACAGGAAAAAGCCUAAACUUAUAGAUUAUAAAGGUUUUACGUAUGAAGAAGUGCCUGAUGGAUCCCGAGAAGCUCUUUCUACUCUAAAGCCAAUCUUUGGGAGUAAACUACUAUUUUUUAAAAACGGGGUUUGUCAAGGAAUUGCUUUUGAAAACCUCAAUUCCGGAGUAUAUUACCCAUCCAUAUCUUUAUAUAUGGGUGCACGUGUCAAACUCAACUUUGGACCUCAGUUUACCUACGAACCCGUAUUAUUGCGGAAAUUCCUUUUGAAUAAAGAAGCCCAUGAGGAAUAUUUUAAAAACUCGCAUAAUAUAUCGCAAGCGCAAUCUUUCUCCUUCAUUAACAAGCUAGAGCCUUGUUAUUAUAUCCCUCAGCUUUUUGAUUAUACCUAUAGAGACAACUGUCAAGUUUCCGACUCAGUCCCUAUAUGUUAUAAAGCCGUCAAUGAUGCCGCGGUGGAAGCUCUUGCUAAGUUAAUUAUUGAAGAUAUACUCGAUAAAGUGGAAGAAACAUGCGAGCUAAAUAAUAUGUGGUUAUAAAAACCCUCGAAUGCUUUAAUAGUAUGGAGUGGUAUGGCGAGGUCAGUUGCAAGUCCUACGUUAGCCUUCUAUUCGUUACCCCUUGCUAUGUUCUAGAGACCUAGAAAAGUUUAAAGGUUUGAAGACCGGGCCGUCUCUUGAU